AGGCUGCUCCCGGGCUCCUCAGCAUACCAGCCCAUAUGGAAAGUAUAAAUGAGAUGAAACAGUAAAGAAACAGAAACGGGCUGUCAGGGACCCAUCACGGACAACGACCUCCGAGACUGAGGCGCUUGUCUUUCUUUCCUCCUCUCUUGACCAGCACGAGCAUCGCGUUCUGAUAUUGGUGCGCCGGGGCAGCCCUUUUUGCCCCGCCGAGGCCGCUGUAGCGGCUCGUUGCCCUGGCGACGAGCUCGGCGCUGCCACUAGCUGCGGAGGCGAAGGCGGCUCCGGCUUCUCCUCUCCUUGCACGGCGGCUUCGGGGGCUCCUCGACUCGAGGGGCCGGGGCGGGGGGAAGGGAGGCCGCGCACAUUUUGGCCUCGCGGGGAGGGAGCAGCCCGUCUGGGCCCAUGGGGUCGUCGGAGCGCUUGCAGGGGCCCUAAGUGGUUCCCUUAUUGCCAACUCCCGCCCCCUCGCCUGGAUCAUCCAGCUGGCGGAGGGGCAGUUUGGCUCCAAGGACCCCACCCACUCUGGCCCAUCGCCGCGCCUUCCCUGGGCACCAUCUUCCCGCGGGGAGGGGGGCGGUUUCAGGGGGCGGAGGAGGGAUCGCCCUCCACGAGGAACGGAGAACUGCUCCCAGGGAAGGGGGGAAAACAAAAACAGGUCUCCGUAUUUGCGUAGGCUGGUUCUGCUACAUCGCUGCUGCCUGCCCCUCUGCGAGGGGGGAGAAUUGCUCCCUAUUCCGUCAUUGCUCCCACUAGACAAUCUGCCCUCGUUCGGGCUCGUUUCCCCGGGGGAUUCGCCCUUAGGUCUGUCAUCUGACCGCUCCCCUCCCCCGAAGCUGCUCCUCCAUUCCAGAGCAUCUGCUAAUCGCUUCUCCUCCUCCUCCAAAAUUCUGUUUCAUCCUAUAAUCCGCUGGAGGGUGACUUGCUAACCGGUCCCCCCGCCGCCCCCUUCAUCUCGAACAGAAACCCGUCUGCCCUCCUUAGGGGAGAGAAUUGCUGCUUUCUUCCUCGUUCCUUCCCACUCAGAUCUCUCUUCCCCUUUAUAUUAGUGGCUUCUGGGGGGGGAUCUACUUUCCUACCCCGAUCUUUGCGAGGGAACCCGUGGGAUCUGCUGCCGGUAGGGAAAGAACCGCCUUCUUCCCUGGACGGAAGAAAAGUUGCAGCCCAGAUCCACUCCCUCUCUCCUGCUUUUGCACCUCUAAGGAGCAAAGGGGAAGAAAGACGUGUGUGUAUGUUGUGUAUGUGUGUGAGGAGCGGAGGAGGGGAAAUGUUGGUGCCUCCUUCUCCCUGGAAACGCUGGAGGGACUGAGGCGAAAGUGAAGCAGCAGGAGAGAAAGUUUCCUUGCCGAAGCCUGGGCUGAGAGGCGAGUGAUGCUCCUAGAGCAGCAGCAGCAGCGGGCUGUGCUGGUGCCGCAUUGUGUUUGCUGAGGCUCCUCCUGGGCGGUGGGGGCUCAGUAGCGUCCUACGAAGAGGAGGAGGAGGAAGCAGCAAGAGCAGCAGCAGAGCAGCCUCUACUCGCCCACCUCCACCAGUACAUCCUUUCGACAAGAGGGUGUUGCGUGCUCUUUCCCUCCACUCUGGCCUCAGUGCAAUGUGAAGCUUGCACAACCCUGGUUUGCCAAGGACUGGAGCUUCAACCUGGUACAUGCAUCCGAUAAUCAUCUUCUCCUACAAAAUGGAUUUUAGCCAGAACAAUCUGUUUGGUUACAUAGAAGAUCUGCAGGAACUUACUAUUAUCGAAAGGCCGGUACGCAGGAGCCUAAAGACGCCAGAAGAAAUAGAGAGACUGACAGUUGAUGAAGAACUCAAUGAUAUUGAAAGGGCUGUUUAUCUACUCAGUUCUGGUCAGGAUAUCCAAGGAACAAGCGUGGUUGCAAAUCUUCCAGUUCUGAUGCGACAGAAUCCUGCAGAGACACUUCGGAGAGUCCUGCCAAAAGUUAGAGAGGUCCUGCCUGUAGCAGGGGUGGAAAUGCAGUUAACAGCUGCGGUUUCACUUCUGACUAUUCUACAAGAGGAGUCAAUAUCCAUCCAUACUUACUCCCACUCCUUCCUGCACAUCAUUCUGCAGAACGUGGAGCACAGAGAUGCAGGUGUCAGUAAUGCAUGGUUGGAAACUCUUCUUGCUGCAAUAGAAGCUUUACCAAAAGAAACCAUCAGACAUGAGAUCCUAAAUCCUCUUGUUUCCAAGGCGCAGCUUUCCCAAACACUCCAAUCCCGCUUGGUUAGUUGUAAAAUCUUGGGGAAAUUAGCUAACAAGUUUGAAGCUCAUAUCAUUAAAAGAGAAAUUCUUCCACUGGUAAAAUCUCUGUGCCAGGAUGUAGAAUAUGAAGUUCGUGCGUGCAUGUGUCAGCAACUGGAGCACAUAGCUCAAGGAAUAGGGACUGAGCUAACCAAAAAUGUAGUGCUUCCAGAGCUGGUAGAACUAGCAAGAGAUGAAGGCAGCAGUGUACGUCUUUCAGCUUUUGAGACCCUGGUUAAUUUGCUGGAAAUGUUUGAUGCUGAUGAUAGAAGUCAAACGGUCCUCCCAUUAGUGAAAUCAUUCUGUGAAAAAUCAUUCAAGGCAGAUGAAUCUAUUCUAGUUUCGUUAUCUUUCCAUUUAGGGAAGCUUUGUAAUGGACUAUAUGGCAUUUUUACACCAGAGCAGCAUCUGCGAUUUUUGGAAUUCUAUAAGAAGCUUUGCACACUGGGCUUAGAGCAGGAAAAUGGACACAAUGACAACCAGGUACAACUCCAAACCAUAGAGCAGGAAAAGAAGUACAUAUCAGUGAGGAAGAACUGUGCUUACAACUUACCAGCUAUGAUUGUUUUUGUGGAUCCCAAAAACUUCAAUCUGGAACUGUACUCUACGUUCUUCUGUCUCUGCCAUGACCCUGAAAUGCCAGUCAGACACACUAUGGCUAUUGGCUUCUAUGAAGUUGCUAAGCUUUUAAAUACUGAUGUGUAUGUAAUACAUAAAGAACUGGUAGCCCUGUUACAAGAUGAGUCAAUAGAGGUGUUAGAUGCAUUAAUAGGUUACCUUCCUGAAAUUCUUGAACUGUUGUCUACUGGAGGAGAAACCAGUGGGUCGGAAAGCAAGUUACUGAAUUUUCCAGAGUUAGUUCCAGCACUAACAAGAGCAGAACAGAGAGCAGCAACCUCUUUAAAAUGGAGGACUCAUGAGAAGUUACUACAGAAAUAUGCCUGCCUGCCUCAUGUCAUCUCAAGUGAUCAGAUUUAUUAUCGCUUUUUGCACAGAAUGUUGGCAAUCGUUAUGACAAAUAAUGUCUUACCUGUCCAAAAAGCAGCUGCACGAACCCUGUGUGUGUUCUUACGGUACAAUCGCAAGCAAGAGCAGAGGCUUGAGGUUAUUCAGAAGCUGAUUGAACGUCUACCAAAAGAGUACAGAAAGGAUGAGAGGCGUUUGAUGAGUCUUAAUAUUCACACUUCUAAAUUCCCUGAACUGGGCCAAGGAAAAAGCUACUGGAACAGACUGCGUUUUUUAGACACCUGUGAAUUCAUAAUAGAACUCUUUUCCAAAUCGUUUUUCUGUGAAUACUUCUUCCUCCCAGUGCUUGAGCUUACACAUGAUCCAGUUGCAAACGUGAGAAUGAAGCUUUGCUAUUUGUUGCCAAAAGUGAAAUCUACCCUUAAGGUUCCCACGGACAAACAUUUACUGCAGCAGCUGGAAUUGUGUGUAAGAAAGCUUCUGUGUGAGGAAAAAGACAAGGAUGUCCUGAGCAUUGUUAAAAAGAUGGUUCUGGAACUGGACAGAAUGGAAGCCUCUUUGGAUGCUUUUCAAAAGAGGUUUUAUGAAAACGAUCUCAUAGACCAGCAGAAAGAAAGAGAGGAGAACCUUCUUUUGGAAAUGGAACAAUUAGAAAAAGAGAAACAGCAAAAUGAGGGCCGGUCUACCAGUAUGAGUGAUAAAAUGUAUGAAAAGAAGCGCAGAGACAGUAAAACAUCAACAGCUUUGGCCAAAAAUAUACCGAUGUCUGUUUCUGGAAAUCCCCCGGGUACUUCAGCAAGCAAAGAAGUAAAAAAGUCCAAGUUAGUCCGAAGCCAGUCUUUCAGUAGUCAAGCCUUGCACUCAAAAUAUGGCAACAUAGACAAGUGUUCCAGCAAAAGUUCUUCAACAGGAUAUUCUUCUGUGCCGGGAGUAGGAAAAAGUUCUAUGUUCUCAUUUACAGAUGAUUCUUUUCGUACUCGUUCUAGCAACUCCAGUGGGACAGCUGCCUUUUCCUCUACUUCCACCUUACCAACUUCCUCUCGUAAUACAAGUAACUCAGUUGAUCAAAAGAACAAUGGGAGUAAAGAAAGCCAUUCGCGGAAGGUUAGCUUGAAAAACAGAAAGUCAAACUCAUAGAGCUGGUGAAAGAAAGGAUGCAAACCAAAGACCGCUGGAGGCAACAUGGAUGAAAUUGGCAGAAGCUGGAAUACAACCUUGAACUUAAGGACUGGAGAGGAGAGACUGACUGCAUCUCACAGUGUUUAACAUCCUCUGUCAGUUAAAUAAAUUCCUAUGUUGUAAAAUAUCUUCAUAGAAAUAAUGUAAUAUGUGCAGAAUUCCAAUGUUGUAAGUGAAGUGUUAAUGUUACUUUAGCAAUGUGCUUAAAAACUGCUGCAGCUAAAGAGACAGGGUUCCCCCCCCUUCCCCCCUCUCAAUUAUGCCUUUUUAAUCGUUCAGGUUCUUUGAUUUGGAAUACAAGUGCCCUAGUUUAAAGAAUACCUAUUUUCAGGCUUUGGAACUCUUCUAAUUUUUUUGCUGUGGAAAUAGGACAAUAUAGGUGAAAUUGCUCAGCAUAUAAGACUAACUGAACAAGUUAGGUUUUUCUCUCUCAAAGAGGCUUUUGAAUAUCAAGCAAGCUUUAGUGUGGAGCCUGGAAGCAUGGACAAAAGAAAUGUUGAGAAGUACAGUCAUUUUAAAAAUACAGUUGUGCUAUAAUUUUGAAUAAGAUUGCUUAUCCAGUGUAUAAAAAUAUCCUACAGGAUUUCCUUUCACCUUUUAAUAAGAACAAAUACCUCCAAAAAGCAUAUAAAUGAUUUUGUUUCAUAUCGCAAUUUUGUGUAUAAAACCUUUGUUUUAACUUCUAGUAUUUCAGGUUGUAGUUUCUCUUUAUCCAACACUUUAGAAACGAUGAAUCUAGUUUUUAGUUAGUUGUUAUUUCGAGCUAUCAUGCUUUUAGCUAUGUCAACCGCAUUUUGUUUGUAUUCAUGCUAACAUUUCUUCUCAAAUUUGCCUGCAGAGAACAUGCAGUUCUAUUUAAAAAGUUCUAUUUAUGCCAAUACUUGAGAGAAACUGUAUGAAGCUAUUGUCAGCUUCUCUAUUUCACAAAUGCAAUCAGCAAAACUAUAUUGAUAUCAGAAAUCUGUUUUUUAAAAUAUAUUGGUGUAUGAUAAAGAUAAUCUAAUUUGUGAAUGAAUAUGUGUGAGGUUUACUUUUUACAAUGUGAAAUAAUGAAUGCUUUACGCACAAUAAAACGUAGGAUAUUAAAGUA